CGGGCGUGGCUCAGUCGUGGCUCAGUCGGCCAGCUGUGUGCGCGGACGAGACGUGUGACCCGUCGCAGUGGUUUUAAGACCCCCCAACUGUACGCUCCUCACUCCUUUGCGUUUUUCGACUUUGGUUCUGUUUUGAAACCCAACUUUUGCAUCCAACAUGACGACCGAGACCGACACUAAGCCCGUGGAGCAGACCGAGGAGAAGAAGGAGGAGGCGAAGGACGAAGUCAAGAAGGAGGAGGCGGAGGUGAACAACGCCGAGGAAAAGGCGGACGACAAGGCCGAGAAAGCCGACAAGGAGAAGAAGGACGAGAAGAAGGAAGCCAAGCCCAAGAAGGAGCCCGCCCCUCCCAAGCCGGCGGUGCACAAGCUGGAUUUCGAGAAGGACGUGGUGUACCUGUACCAGUUCACCCGCACGCCCGUCCUGCCCUCGCUCAGCCCCUACUGCCUCAAGGUGGAGACCUGGCUGAGGCUCGCUGGUUUGAAGUACGAGAAUGUUGACCACAAGAUGAAGUACAAGAGCAAGAAGGGUCAGCUGCCCUUCGUGGAGGUGAACGGCGAGGAGGUCGCCGACUCCGCCAUCAUCAUCAAGGAGCUGGGUCAGCGCUACAACCAGGACUUGGACGCAGGGCUCUCCGCCGAGCAGCGCAACGUCGCGCACGCAACCAUCUCCAUGAUAGAGAACCACUUCGCAUGUUCCUCGGCGGCCUCGUUUCCGAUCAGGACUGGAUCACGUGAUCCUCCUCCUCUGCGGCGUGUCUGCUCCUCGAAAGGGCCAGAGCCUCCCCGGCAACCGAGCAGAGCGCCCGCUGAAGUACUCUCUGAACUACAACCCGAUCAAGACGUUUUCACUGACCUUUCGCGCCUUUAUCUCAUUGAAAUGGGUGAGCUCUCUCGCGUCGAGGGGACUUACGAAUCUAAUCUUUGUGUUGUUUUCAAGGUAUUUGGCAUCGGUCAUCAUACCCAUCUCACGUGGAGCGGAGGGGAUGAUGACCCAGUCAAAGUGUUCUAUGAGGGCAUGAUUCAAGCCUCCCCCUAA